AUGUCUGAGUUCCUGUUCAUCAUUGUGGGAGACUGGAUAAUGAGAAAUACCAACAAUAGAAAGAGAGGUAUACGAUGGAAAUUUAUGUCCACCUUAGAAGACCUGGAUUAUGCAGACGACAUUGCACUUAUUUCCAGCAAACACAGCGACAUUCAAGAAAAGAUUAGGAGAUUGCAUGACGUGGCUAAAUAUACAGGCUUAAAAAUUAAUGUAGACAAGACAAAAAGCAUGAGAAUAAACGGAAAGAAGAAUGAUGCCAUCAGGAUAAAUGACAAGGAAGUAGAAGAUGUUGAAACAUUUGUCUACCUGGGUGCCACAAUGGACAAGACGAGAAGAACUGAGGCAGACAUAGUGAGAAGGCUAGGCUAA